AUGUCGUCGUCGACGAAUAUCGAGAUGGAGAAUAGACACAGUCGUGCGGAGGAGUCAAUACCCUUCAUCGAGGUCGAAGCGCGGAGUAACGAUGAGCAGCUGCCGCCACCAGCGAGCGCGCAGUCCUCGAGGCAGGCGGCCCAACCCAAGCUCUCUGUGACUGUCAUAGUACCAGUAUGGAUAGCUCUGUCAUCAUCGGUGAUUCUAUACAACAACUAUCUCUACAACACGCUGGACUUCAAAUAUCCGGUUUUCCUCGUCACUUGGCACCUUACCUUUGCGGCAAUUGGAACGCGGAUACUGGCACGUACGACCAGACUACUAGACGGGACGAAAGACGUGCAUAUGACGAAGGAGCUCCUCUUACGCUCUAUCCUCCCAAUUGGCUUCCUCUUCUCGGGAUCCUUGAUACUCUCCAACAAGGCCUACCUCUAUCUAUCAGUGGCGUACAUCCAGAUGCUCAAAGCAUUCACACCGGUUGCCAUCCUUCUGAUCUCCUGGGCUUCCAGGAUCGCCGAGCCGAAUAGGCGUUUGGGCGCGAUCGUGCUCAUGAUAUCCUGUGGUGUUGCGCUCGCCUCGCACGGCGAACGACACUUCCACCUCAUUGGAUUCCUGACACAGGCCGCAGCUGUUGCUUUUGAGGCAUCUCGUCUAGUCAUGAUACAGAUACUACUACACGGACUCAAGAUGGACCCACUCGUCAGUCUGCACUACUACGCCCCUACAUGCGCCGUGAUCAACCUGGCCUUCUUACCGUUCACCGAAGGCCUUACACCUUUCUACGAGCUUGCACGCAUCGGGCCGCUGAUCCUGAUCAGCAACGCGUCCGUCGCGUUCUGUCUGAAUGUCGCCGCGGUCUUCCUCGUAGGCGCCGGGUCAGGCCUUGUGCUUACGCUUGCGGGCGUCUUCAAGGAUAUCCUCCUCAUCACGGGGAGCGUACUCCUGUUUGGUAGCCUCAUCACGCCCUUGCAAAUCGUCGGUUAUUCGAUCGCAUUGGGCGGAUUGAUACUUUACAAGACUAUGGGGUCAAAGUAG